GUGACAAUGUUACGAACAGCCCCUGCACCCGUACUCGAAUCUUCAUACCGAUUAAAAUAUAUAAGCAAUGCUGAAUAUGAGUUUCAAUACACACGUUUGCUCUUAACAGCCCUCGGAAUUUGGCCAAAAAUAUUCACCAAUGCUACACGAGUUGAAAAAAUUUUCGCAUUCCUUAUUUUCGGUAUUUUCAUCCUGACAUUGACUCUCAGUGUAAUUCCAUUCGUUUUAUUUACAUCAAUAAAAGUAAAAACCAUGAACGAUAGACUGGUAUUUCUCGGCCCUUUAGGAUUUCAUUUGACAAAUUCCGUAAAGUACAUUUUCAUGAUGCGUCAUGCCGAUGCCAUGAAAAAAUGUCUGAGUCAUAUGAAAAAUGACUGGAUGAGAGCUAUUACAGCAGAAGAGCAAAGAGUUAUGUUGAAAAGUGCAAAUUUGGGACGAAGUUUGACACGUUUGUGUGCACUAUUCAUGUACAGCGGUGGAGUAUUUUUUCAAGCAAUGGCAGUGUUCAAACCAAAAGAAAUUGAUGAAUUUAAUGUGACAAUUAGACAACACGUGCUGCCCAGAUAUGAUUAUUUUGUUGAUGCACAAAUUAGUCCAGUAUUUGAAAUCACUUAUGCUACGCAUGUUUUGUGUAUAAUUUUUCUCUAUACUAUCGAAAUAACAGCAUGUAAUCUAGCUGCUGUUUUUGUGGGUCACAUUUGCGGGCAAGUUCAAGUGAUGAAGGUAAAAUUAAAUAAACUUCAACAGUUCGAAAAGUUUGGAAGUCCAAAACGUCUCGAUAAUCCAAUAGCAUCAAUAAUCCAUUGUCAUGUCAACCUUCUAAAAUCCGUCGGAAACAUUAGAACAGUUUUACGUGAAAUUUGUUUAGUGGAAGUGAUGUAUUCGUCUGUUGUCAUGUGCUGGCUUGAAUUCUUUUGUUUAAAGGAAUGGAGCAAUGGUCAGGGUUUGUCUGUCGCGACAUAUUUCACGCUAUUCGUAUCUCUGACAUUCAAUAUUUUCAUUCUGUGCUACAUUGGUGAGAGAUUGAAAAAUGAGUGUCAAUCUGUAGCAGACCUGACUUAUAUGACCGACUGGUGUCAAAUUCCUCGAAAAAAACUAUCAUCCUUCAUUCUGAUCAUUGCUAUGGCCAGAUAUCCAAGGAAUAUAACAGCAGGUGGACUGGUUGACUUGACACUUCAAAGUUUUGGUGACGUGUUGAAAACUUCAUUAGCAUAUUUGCAAAUGUUGCGGACAGUUACAACAACAGCCCGAUAAAAACUGGAAGUCUCCUUUGUCGAUGGCCUUUUUCACCCUGAACCAGUGCCAAAUGUCCACGGUUCUAUAAAAAUGGUGAAUGUCAUGUGCUCGAAUCCAUGACAGCUGACUGACGUAAUUAAAAAAUAUGGAAUUAAGAUCAGUUAAAAUUUGAUUUCUCCAUUUAGAUGACAAUAGGGGUAGUGAAGUUUUAGUUGUCUCAUGUUUCUGGCCGGGAAUACGUUCCUGUGCAGUUAUAUCGGUGAUUUAACGGAUGAUCAGAUUGUCAAAAAGAUAUUCCUAGACAUAUUACGAAUGAUAACUAAAUAUUCACAGUGGACGGACCCAGGAGAGUUAGCUUAGUCAAUUGGUAGUAUCUAUCACCGGAAAUAGUUAUAGCAAUAGUUCUCUAGCAAUAGUAUAAUCAUGGCUACUGCAUAAGUGGUACUUUUUAUUUUCGUAUUAAUUGUCAGUGUGAUUCCAUGCGUUUUGUUUACAUCAAUAAAAAUAAAAUCUAUGAAUGAUCGAUUGGUAUUUCUCGCCCACUUAGGAUUUCAUUUUCAUUUUACAAAUUCUUUAAAGUACAUUUUCUUGAUCCAUCAUAUAAACGUCAUGAAGGAGGUGCAAAUUUGGGACGAAGGAACGUUUGAACUGAACACAAUCACAGAAUUCUAGCGGCCGACCACCUUUAGCGCAUCUCUAAUGCAGGAUUUCCAAG